AUGUCGAGCUCAAUGACAUUGACAAAGCAACCAUCAACACGAAUGGUUGUCUCUGAAAAUAUCGUCUUUAAAAAUGACAGCGGUUGUGAUAAUGAUAAUUGUGUAACUCCCGUUGAAUUACCAAUGAAAAACCAACAGAAACAACGUGCACAGCAGCCGAAUGUAUUAGUUCGUUUAUCGAAACGAAUUUCCAAUUUAUCAAAGCCAACUGUACCAAUUGAAAAGCCUCCAUCUGUAUCAUCACCUGACCCAUCAACAGUUGUUUCACCACCACCCUCAUCUUUUGAACGGCAGAAUUCUUCGGAAUCGGACUUAAGCCUAUCGAAAUUAGAUAUAACUGAUGAUUAUUAUUCGACUAUUGAAGGAACUAAUACAUUUCCAAAGUCAGCUGAUUUAAAAUCAACUUUUUCAGUGCCACAAUCAGUAUCAGAAUCUUUUCAGAAUUUUUAUUCACGUUUUUCACUAAAACGUUCAACAGCUAGAAUAAGUUCAUUAUCAAAUACAAUAACAGAACAUGCAUCAUCAUCAUCAACUAUUGAUAAAAAAUCAAUGGAAACUUUUACUGCCUUUUAUUUAGAACACGAUACAACAACAAAGAAGAAUGAAAAUAAUAUUCGAUUACAACUUGCAUUUCAAUAUAAUAUUCAUCGAAGAGAAUUUAUUGUUACUGUACACGGUGCUAGAGAUCUAACUAUACAGCAUGGAUCAUUUGCAUGUCAAUUAUGCAUUCAAUAUGGACGAGAUUCAUUCUUCGAGUUCUAUGCCUAUGACCCAUGGGGACCAAUAAAAUUAAAACAAAAAUCUCUUGUCAAAUUUAGAUCUAAAGAACAAAAAUGUACAAAACCUCAGGCAUGUUCUUCUGGUAUAUGUACAUGGAAUCAGCGCGUAAUAUUUUUCGAUAUUGAUAAACUUGAUAACUUAUCUUUAUGGGCUAAAGUAAUCGAUCUUGAUCGUAAUCAAGAUAUCCUUGGUGAAAUAUGUAUUUCAUUGAAUGAUAAAAAAAUCAGUCUAAAUGGGCAACCCGAAUGGUAUUAUUUAAUAUCAAAAUAUUCUUCUUCUUCUUCUUCUUCUUCACCGUCUCAUACACAAACCAAAAGCUUCCUACUGAAUGAUAGUAAUAUGUCUGAAGUUGAACAAAAUGAAUCGCCAUCGAAUCGAAUUCUUCCAACAAUCAAUGCCAAUAAUGAAAUAUUGCCAACAUCAAUGAUUGACACAAUAUCGACAAGUAAUCGCAAACGACAAUUGCCAAAUAUUCCCGCGGCUCAACUACACGCGAAUAGAGAAAAAGUUUCUCAAGAUUUAAUUCAAAAAGCAACUGAACUAAAAUUACGAUUGCACAUGGAGCAGCAACAACAACGUUUAUUUAAUGAAACAAAUUCAAAUGAAAAACGUCAGAUGUAUGAAGAUCGUAUACAGAUAUUCAAUAAGGAAGUCAAUCAUCCAAAACCUCAAAUACCAUCUAUAACUACUCAGCGUUCAUCAUUUCAAACGAGUAAAUCUAUCGACACUGACGCUCCACAUAUUCAUCAAACGCCAAUAUUAAACAAACCGUAUGAAUCAAUGACAAAUUUAGCACAACAUAAACCUUCGCCAACAACAGCAAAAACAUCAGCAACAGCAGCAGCAUCAACAAUGAAUUCAGGUUUAUUGAAAGAAAAAACACUUUCAAGACCACGAAUACCAAUCAUGCGUGAUAAAAGUGCGCCAAAUGCACCCUAUCUAAAUCCGUCUCUAUCAAGGCGCACAACUGCAACUGUACAAUCUCGACCGGAUAUAGAAAAUGCAAAAUCAAGAUCCUAUGAAGAUCGAUAUAAAAAACCUAUGAAAAAAAAAGACUCUUCGGAAAUACCCGGUGAGGAUGUAGACUCAGAUGGAUCAGAAUUAUCGACUGUUUCGAAAAUAAGUUCAGUUAGUAUGUUAUCAACACAAUCAGAACGGCCAAGAACUAUACGAAAGCAAGGUGCACAUACGCGUACGAAUGAUCACCAUCAUCAAAAUCAUUUUCAGCGUAAUGAAGUCGUACAAUUAAAUGAAGAAGAACUUCGGCAAAUGGCUAUGCGUACACAUGAUACUAUAACAACUACUCAAACGCCACAAACAACAAACCAUCCCAAUACACAGACACCUACAUCAAAUCCUACGGAUAAACUUAUAAAUACGGCUGCGCCAAAUAACAAAUCUGAUAUACGUAAUGAUGGCACAUUAUCAGAUUCUAUCUUGAGUACACAACCUGAAUCAAGUAAAAAACGACGACCAUCAAUGUCAUCCAAAGCUCUUGUCAUACUCGGUUUAUCUAAAAAGACAAAUAGUGCAUCUAAUCUUGGCUACGGAAAACGAUUUGGUUUUCAACGAAGCGAAGAAAUUGGUGUUCAACCUCAUCUACGUAGUCGAACAUUACAGCGACAGAUUAGUAAAGAAAAUGAAACACCAUCGAGUGCUCCACCUUUAGACUCGUCACAAUCGCCGUUAGCUUUAUCUCAUCAACGUGAUCAAUAUCAUUCAAUGCCGCAUGAUAUGAAGCUAUGGUCUGGUGGACUUAAACUGCCACAUGAACAUCAAUUUGCUGAAUUCAUCGAAGGUUUAGGCACGGGACAAUUAGUCGGUCGACAAGUUCUUGCAUCUCCUUGUCAUGGUGAAAUUCAAGUGGGCAUACGGGAUCAACAUGGUUUAAUUGAAGUAGAAAUAGUUCGAGCAAGAAAUUUAAUUCAAAAAGCUUUAUAUAAGAUGCCACCUGCUCCGUAUGUAAAAGUCUAUUUACUUGAUGGAAAAACUUGUGUUGAAAAGCAACGAACACGUACAACUCGUCGUACACUCGAUCCACUAAUUCAACAGACACUGACAUUUAAAGAAAACUACCGAGAUAAAGUUUUACAGAUCAGUAUCUGGGGUGAUUAUGGAAAAUUGGAUCGAAAAGUUUUUAUGGGUGUAUGCCAAAUAAAUUUAGAAGAACUUCAUUUAAAUUCUUCAGCUCAAGUACUCGAUUGGUUCAAAUUAUUUUCUGCUAAUUCACUGAUGAAUAAUUAUACGAUUGUACAACAAUCAAUGAAAGGAAAAUCUUCAACGACAACCAACGAUUCAUAUAAUUCAUUUAAAAACUCAAGAUCCUGA